AGAUAGCCCCGAUGUACCUCCGCAGACCAGCUCCCUGCUGCUCCAUGUUCCAGUAAAAAACAUAAGAUAUCCUCGGCAUUCAGAAUGAAGACAGGGAACUGGAGCUUGCAGUUACAGAAUAAAACUUCUGGAAGUGCCGAUGAUGACAAUGUUUACGUAAUUCUAACAGCUAUGAUGUGUUUGCUGUCUGUUCUAGGCUGUAUUGCCAUUGUCGUUGUCUACCUGGCAUUCCAGCGGCUCCGGACUCCCACCAGAAAGCUGCUGGUGUACUUAAGCGUGGCAGACCUGUUAACCGCCAUCGGUAACCUUCUUGGUAUCGUCUGGUUCAUCUUCAGUGACAGCGUUCUUAUCCACAGAAGUAUGGGGUACUGUAAAUUCCACGCGGCUCUUACCGUCUUCUCCAGCAUCAGCUCGUUCAUGUGGACUUUGACGAUGGGCCUCUGUCUAUACUUGUGCAUCGUGAAGAACAAACCAAAGGCUGUUGAAUCACAUAUGGUGUAUUUCCAUUUGGCAUGCUGGGUUUUCCCAGCGAUAAUAGCGUCGGUUGCCCUUGGGUUUGAUGUUCUGGGGUACGACCAGUCCUUAGACCAGGCCACGUGGUGUUGGAUCGACCCCCGGGUACCCCAUGCUCUCUUCUGGCAGUUCUUCACAGGCAAGGCCUGGGAAAUCAUCUCUUGUGUCCUCACGACAGCCCUCUACGCUCGUCUGAAAAUAUUCCUUUUGAAACAGAAAGACAAGUCUAAGGAGAUUGUACAGCAGCGAAGAAAGAAGCAGCAUGUUAUAAACGAAGCCAAUCGGAAGUUGACGUUUGUACCCUUGGUGUUCAUCAUCCUGCGGUUCUGGGGCACUUUGCGGUUCCUGCUGGGCGUUUUUGCCCAUGACUAUGCCAGCUCCAGCGAUUCCGCCUGGCUGGCACCUCUGCAGGGUAUUGGAGACAGCGCACAAGGAUUUGCCAACUUUGUUCUGUAUUGUUUCUUCACGGAACGAGUUCGCAACCAGCUCAGGUUGACCUUGUGUCCAUGUAUCUUGCGAGAAAGGCGCGUCUCCAAUGAACAGAGGGCGUCAGAACCAAGCAACACCAACUCUAAUACAAACAAUACGGCAGAUGAUGGCUGA